AAACACAACACUCUACUCACCAUCAAGUGUGCCAAUCAGUAACACAUUAUCAAACACACGCUCUCAUCAUUCCCAAAAUAACAACAACAUCGAGUAUCUCUUUAGCCUUUUAUACAAUAAUCUCAACAAUAUGAAGCAAAUCCUUUUCUUCUCUCUCCUCUUGCUUUCUUCUUCUUCUUCUUCGUUCACCUUAGCUCAGUUAACACCAGCUGCAGCCCCUAAACCUCCGGCAAAACCCGCACCCACUGUUCCCGUGGCCGCUCCGGCAAAGCCAAUGGUUCCCAGUGGACCAGAUUCUUCAGACACAUCGAACGACGACAUCAUUAAGAUCCUCAGGAAGGCCAAAAACUUCAACUUCCUUAUCCGUCUCCUGAAAACCACCCAGCUGAUCAACCAGAUCAAUUCGCAGCUCAUAGCCACGAGAUCCGUCAGCGGCUUAACCAUUCUCGCUCCUGAUGACGGUGCCUUCAACGAACUGAAAGCUGGAUUCCUCAACUCUCUGGACGAUAACCAGAAGAUCGAACUCUUGCAAUUCCAUGUUCUUCCGGUUUACGUCUCGAGCUCCAACUUUGACUCGCUGACGAACCCGGUCCGGACACUCGCCGGACUGAACCCGAGCAGGUUGCAGCUGAACGUGACGGCUUAUGGGAACAUGGUGAAUAUUUCAACGGGGGUGGUUAAUACCACUGUUGCAGGCAUUGUUUACACCGAUAGGUCACUUGCGAUAUAUCAUUUGAACAAAGUGUUGCUCCCGUUGGAUUUCUUCAAGCCAAAGGCUCUCGCUCCGGCGCCGUCGCUGGCACUGGCUAAUGGUCCGAAAGCUGAUAAGGAGAAUCCGUCUAUGGAAGGGGAUGGCGAGAGCGAUACCGCGAAAAAUGACAAGUCCGGGGCUGUCGGUUUGAAUGGCGGCUUUGUAGCAACAACGUUGGCGUCUUUCGGAGUAGCUACAGUGGCAGCCAUAUUAACCACGUCGUAUUGAAGAAGAUGAAUUGUGCCAUUUGCAAGAAGUUCAUAAUUUGUUUUCUUUCUUUGUUUUUUUUUUUUGCCCCACCAAUUUUUCCCCCUUUUAAUUUCAUGUUCUGGUUUUGUUCGUGUGGCACAUAGGGAGAGACUGUAUGGAGGGAUAUGUAUGUGAAGCGCUUGCUUUAUAUUCGUGUUUUUCAAUGAGAAAGAUGUGAUUAUUUUGUGUGA